AUGGGGUCAACGCGUUUAGGGCGGAGGAGUCCAAUCACCUGGGUCAUCGGCGUGGCCCUGCUCAUAUUCAUCUUUGUCUUCCUGUUCUCGCCAUCGAGUAGCGAUUCAGCGUCGGCAAAGAGUCGAACAGCCAGCGCGGCCUCGAAUCCCCUUUCUCCACCCACAUCCCCUUUCCGAAAGCAGAAUGAGAAGUCCUCGAGCGGCAAGCGGAUACCACCUCCAGUUGUGCACUACCACAUGAACAACGUUACCAGCUCGAGCAAUCCAUUGGCCAACAGGGAGACCAUUCUCAUCCUCACACCCCUGGCGAAGUUCUACCAAGAGUACUGGGACAAUCUGAUGCGCCUGGACUACCCACAUGAGCUGAUCACAUUGGCCUUUAUCAUACCCAAGAGCAGGGAAGGAAAUGCGGCGACUACUCAACUCCAAACACAAAUCACCCAUACCCAGAAGUCAGGACCCAUCAGCCAGCGAUUUGCAAGCAUCAUUAUCGAGCGACAGGACUUCGACCCUCCUCUACAGUCCCAAACUGAAGCCGAGCGUCACAAGAUGGAGAACCAGAAGGUUAGACGAGCAGCAAUGUCCAGAGCCAGAAACUCUCUUCUCUUCACCACCCUUGGCCCUUCCACAUCCUGGGUCCUCUGGCUGGAUGCAGAUGUGAUUGAAACCCCACCUACAUUGAUCCAAGAUCUCGCUGCCCACGAUAAGCCUAUCAUCGUCCCCAACUGCUUCCAGCGCUUUGUCGACUCGAAGACUAAGAAAGCUUCCGAGCGCCCCUACGAUUUCAACAGCUGGCAGGACAGCGAGAUUGCGCGCAAGCUGGGAGAUACAUUAGGACCAGAUGAUAUUCUACUCGAGGGUUACGCUUCCAUGGCUACCUACCGGACUUUGAUGGCGUAUAUGGCUGAGGACGGAGGAGACCCCAACCAGGAGAUUGAUCUAGACGGUGUUGGGGGCACGGCGCUGUUGGUCAAGGCGGAGGUUCACCGCGACGGAGCCAUGUUCCCACCUUUCGCAUUCUACCACCUCAUCGAGACGGAAGGAUUCGCAAAAAUGGCGAAACGACUGGGAUGGGGCGCUACAGGCUUACCGAAUUACAAGGUGUACCAUUACAACGAGUGA